CUCCGGAUGACGCCGUACUGGACGUUCCAGAGGCGACUCGCUCAAGCUCCGCCGCGCAAAGACCCCGUGCGUCCCAGUAAAUGUGUGCCGCCACUCACGUGUGCGUCGAUUGCGUUGCGUAGCUCUCCAAAUGUCGCGGCACUUCCCCACGUGUUAUCGAGCAUCUCGGCGUAUUUGGACCACUCGUCGCACUAUUCGAUCCCUAUCGCGUGCUCCAGAGCCAUUAGAUACGCCAAGCUGCACUUACUACAGCGCAUAUGGAUCGCUCAGACCUCUAGCGAUCCACUGUAUCAGCAAUGGGCUUUUGCUCGCGGUACAGCGACCGCCGCAGCUCGAGGGGAUCUCCAAGUCAUGCAAUGGCUCUGUGAGGUUUAUUACCCUCAAGGAAGAGUCACAGACGCAGUGGAGAAGGCUGCACAGGCUGGCCAUGUGCAUAUACUACAGUGGCUUCAUACCCACCACAACGCGGUCUUCUGGGGAGCCAACGAGAUGCGUGUAGCUGCUCAGUUCGACCAAGUGAAUGUAGUGAAAUGGCUACAUGCACACACGGCACCUCCUUCUGUCGGUAUGAAUGUGAUUGAAUCGGCUGCAAGAAAUGGAAAUUUGCAGCUUGUCAAAUGGCUACAUAAGACGAGGAACCAAUGGAGUGGGUACGGAGCCGGGGAGGCGGCGGCUCAUGGCCACUUGGACGUGUUCAAGUACAUGAUCAAGGGCCACUUCGUGCUCCAAGAGAGCGCGUUGAACGAGGCAGCAGCCAAUGGACAUUUGGAGGCUGUAAAGAAGCUGACUAGACGCCAGCCUAGCCUGGUAACGACACGAACGACCACUGCAGCCGCGGAAAACGGACAUCUCCAUGUGUGCAAAUGGCUACAUGGUAAAAAGUUUGACGGAAAAUUUGCACUCUGGACCACUGCAGCGAUGGAUAAAGCUGCAUCGAAUGGCCACUUGGAGAUGGUAAAAUGGCUACAUCAGAAUCGAUUCCAGGAGUCCUGGAAAUCUUGUACUCGUGAAGCCAUGGACGGAGCGGCUCGAAAUGGCUACAUGCAAGUGCUGCAAUGGCUACAUAAGCAUCGACAUGAAGGUUGUACCGUUCGAGCCAUGGACAACGCUGCAGCUAACGGCCAUUUGGAGAUAGUACAGUGGCUGCAUGAGAACCGAUCGGAAGGGUGUUCGCAGGACGCGAUGAACUUAGCGGCUGCUAACAAUCAACUUCAAACACUAAGAUGGCUACAUUAUAACAGACGAGAAGGAUGCGGUGCAAUUGCGAUGGAUGAAGCUGCAGGACACGGUCAUUUACAAAUUGUAAGAUGGCUACAUGCCCAACGGAAAGAAGGUUGCACGAUUAAUGCUAUGGACAACGCGGCCGCUAAUGGACAUUUGGAAGUUGUCAAAUGGCUACAACAGUACCGUAAAGAAGGCAGUACCGUACAUGCGAUGAAUCGCGCUGCUGCUGGAGGCCACUUGGAAACGAUCAAAUGGCUACAAGCGAACCGAUUCGAAAGCUGCACAACAGCUGCGAUGGAUAACGCUGCAGCUAACGGAUGGCUACAUACGGUACGCUGGUUGCACGAGAACCGUAUUGAAGGAUGCACGACUCAAGCGAUGGAUGAGGCAGCUGGCGGUGGCCAUUUCGAAGUCAUGUUGUAUCUUUUCGCCAACCGAAAGGAAGGAUGCACGUGGCGAGCGGCAGAGAACGCGACGUGUUCAGGACAUCUCGAGAUUGUACAAUGGCUACAUUCCAAGUAUCCGGACCAGUUUGACCGAAACCGAGUUGUUGCAGCUGCUGACAGAGACGAUUUCUACAUGAUGGAAUGGCUGCAUAGUCUCGGAUACGGAGCACGACGUAAUACUCCGAGUCUAUAAUUUCGUGGCGAGACACGAGGUAUUAAUAACAUGAAUCGAU